AUGUCACGCCUUCGCGACUACACCUCCACGCUGCUCUCCAAUGAAAACACGCCGAUGAGGGCGAUUUGCAUAGAAGCUGCUGAGAAUCUGUCCCCGCUGUUCGCGGGUUUAAAAUUUAAAUACGCCUCAGUCAAACAGGCUUAUCCAUGUAUCCACACGGAAAGGGCCGCAACUAAAAGUGAGCUCCACUUACUUUCUUGUCCAGAGAUAAGGAACAUGGAGCGAACGAGCAGCAUUAGCAGAAAGGCCGUGGCUGGACAACAAAAGGCCGAGGUGAUGAUCGCAGGGGAACAGCUCAGGUUGAAGCUUCAUGACGGCAAACUGAUCAAAGAGCGACGCUACCACCUGCGCACCUACCCCAACUGCUUCGUGGCACAGGAGCUGAUAGACUGGCUGCUCAGCCACAAGGAGGCUCCGGACCGAGCGGCGGCUGUCGGCCUCAUGCAGCACCUCAUGGAUCACGACAUCAUCCACCACGUGUGUGAUAAGAGGCCGGUGUUCAAGGACGCCAAGCUGCUGUACCGCUUCCGCAAGGACGACGGCACCUUUCCCUUCAACACCGAGGUGAAGAUCUUCAUGCACGGACAACGUCUUCAUGAACAUCUCACGGGGGACAAGAACUCCAUCUUGCAGCUGCGAGAGGAGCACGGCGUCGCCCACCAGCGCUCCUUCCCCGGAUGCCAGUUAAUCGACUGGCUCCUUCAGAACGGUGAGGCCGAGAGCAGGCGUCAGGGGCUGGAGCUGUGCCGCGCGUUGCAGGAGCAUGGCAUCAUUCAGCACGUGGCAAGGAAGCAUCAUUUCUUUGACAGCGGGCUACUCUAUCAGUUCUGUAUCAAUUUUCGCCGCCGUCGUCGCCUUUUUGAGCUCCUGAACAGCAACGAGCAUGAAAACGAUGAGGAGGCGAUAAUGACAGCGCAAGAGGAAAAGCAACCUGACAGUCCACUUGCGCUGCACAAAAGCCCAGCCCUUGAGAAAAACUGUGCUUUUCAAUCCGUGGCGUUGGGUAAAGAGCUCAAAGCAGUUACUGGUGGGCGUCGGGCCAGUUUAAACUCGACUGGAUUUCCACCUCCUGUCCAGUUGUUCUCAACCACUGCGACGAUAUGCAAUCCUAAAUCAGUACUGAGAAGACAUUACACAUGUGAAGAGUUACUACGACCUGGUGCACCCUUCGCAAAGAAAGUGUUGACGGUGAUCGGAGACGACCUGGGCUGGGGUUUUGUCAUCAGGGGCAGGGCUCCAUGUUACGUGCAGGCUGUGGACCCUGGAAGCCCAGCUGCAGCUGCCGGGGUGAAGGUGCGACAGUUUGUGUGCCAGGUGAACGGACGCUGUGUCCUCUACCUGGACUACAGAACAGUCUCCAGACUCGUGAUGACAGGACAACGUACUGUUGAACUGGAAGUAAUGGAACCACUGAUAUGACAAAAGCCUGACUUUGACUGGAU